AUGCUUGGCGCUUUCGGAAGAAGCCGAGUACAGGAGCUUCGGCCAUUAUCAGGCAAGCAGACUGUACGCGUGCACACGACAACGAAGGUCGCUUUCACUCAUUACUUACCUACUAGACUUGGAAGCGCAGGAUUUGAUCGACACAUCACCAUUUUCUCAGAUCAAGGGCGCCUAUACCAAGUCGAGUAUGCGUUCAAGGCUAUCACAGCUGCGAACAUCACAUCCGUAGGCGUGCGAGGGAAGGAAUGCGCAGUGGUAUUAUCACAAAAGAAGGUGCCCGACAAACUGAUCGACCCGGCUUCCGUGUCCUAUGUCUACAAGCUCUCACCAUCCGUCGGCUGUGUUAUGACGGGCUCAAUAGCAGAUGCACGAGCAUCAGUAAACCGAGCGCGAGGAGAGGCGGCUGAGUUUAGGUACAAAUUCGGGUACGAGAUGCCCUGCGACGUACUGGCGAAGAGAUUGGCCAAUAUCGCACAAGUGUACACGCAAAGGGCAUACAUGAGACCGCUUGGAGUGGCAACCACUCUCAUCUCCGUCGACUCCGAAUACGGACCGCAAUUAUACAAGUGCGAUCCAGCAGGUUACUACGUUGGCUACAAGGCGACCGCUUCAGGACCGAAGGCGCAGGAGGCGCUUAACUUCCUCGAGAAGAAGCUCAAGAACAAGGACUGCGCGGACGGCAAUUGGGAGGAGGUAGUGGAGCUCGGCAUUUCAGCACUGAGUACCGUGCUGAGCGUCGACUUCAAGAAGGGCGAAUUGGAGAUCGGAAUCGUAGGCGGGCCUCGCGCGGACGGCAAGGAGGGUACCGAUCCUGGCUUCCGCGCAUUGACCGAGGAGGAGAUAGACGCGAGGUUGAACGCUAUUGCUGAAAAGGACUGA